AUGGCGUCACCUGAUAUAUAUUUCAAAUUUAUCGUUUUUUCUGUAUCCUUAAUAAUUACUUUUAAAAACAAUCAAGCCUCUCGACGUGAUCUACCAAGUCUCAUUAACGUCCUCACCCAAAGAUACGGGAGCAACAAGCGACCUAUUAUCGUCAUUAUGAACUCUCAACCAGAGAAAGAUGAAUCUAAAGUAUAUCUAGGUGAUUCUACAGACACUAGUGAUGAGAGGACAGCUGCCAAAAUAUCACAUCUUUUGCAACAUGAUAAGGCAUUCCAUUCCAAGAAACUUCUACCACUAAAGAAGAGUACCGCAAAACCUCAUCUACAAUUAAAACAGUACAAAUAUGGCAUUAAAAAACUACGAGCUGAUAGAGACCGGAGUUUGGAAAGCAAGAACGUCUUACGAUCUCCGAUAGUUAAAAAACUAUUGCGGAUUUCAAAUAGCAUUCAAUGCGAAGCAAAAGACGAAUGUGAGGAUAAGUGUAAAAAUAAAUUCAAUGGAAAUAAAGUUAUAAAAUGUGAAAUGCAAUGUGAAGUCAAAUACGAUUGUAACGAAGAGGAGAAAGACCCAUGUGACAGUGGUGAUUGUCAAGAUUCUUGUGGUGGUUCUGCUGAAUGUACUAUGAGUACUAAAGGGGAGACACUCAACACAGAAAAACCCUCGUGCAAACGAUGU